UACCCUUGCCGGGGGCCGUAAAGCGCGGAAGGUCGCGGUCCCCCGCGCUCCCGGAACUUUGGGCUCCAGGGUGGCGCCCUCCAGCCCGCGCCCUGUCGUCCCGCUUCCGGCCCGCGGCGAUCCCCGGCGACCGUUGUGCGGAGCCUCGCAUCUGCCGGGCGUUGCGGAGCGCGGAGCCCGCGGCCCCAUGAGUUUGACUUCUUGGGAUUUCCUUAGCUGAAUGAGAGCACAUCUGGUUAGUGACAGACGUGAUGCUUUUCCGAUUGCUGUCUAUUGUUCGAAGACAAAAAACCAGUUCAGGAUGGCAGAGUUGGUCCUCAGCAAGACGCAACAUGACAGCUGCCGAGGCUCAGUCUGUUUCCCUGCCUGCCCAGGCCCAGGUGGUCAUCUGUGGGGGUGGAAUCAUGGGCACAUCUGUGGCCUAUCACCUCUCCAAGAUGGGAUGGAAGGAUAUUAUCCUUUUGGAGCAGGGCAGGUUGGCUGCAGGCUCUACUAGAUUCUGUGCUGGAAUUGUGAGCACUGCCAGACACUUGACUAUCGAGCAGAAGAUGGCAGACUAUUCAAACAAACUCUACCAUCAGUUAGAGCAAGAAACAGGGAUCCAAACAGGUUACAUAAGAACAGGCUCAAUUUCUCUGGCCCAAACACAGGACCGGCUAAUCUCUUUGAAGCGUAUCAACUCAAGGCUGAAUGUUAUAGGUAUCCCUUCUGAGAUCAUCUCUCCCAAGAAAGUGGCUGAACUUCACCCUCUCCUCAAUGUGCACGACCUGGUGGGGGCCAUGCAUGUUCCUGAGGAUGCAGUGGUAUCCUCUGCUGAUGUGGCUCUUGCCCUUGCAAGUGCUGCUUCCCAGAACGGUGUUCAGAUUUAUGAUCGGACAACUAUUCUUCAUGUAAUGGUGAAAAAAGGCCAAGUUACUGGUGUGGAGACAGAUAAAGGACAGAUAGAAUGCCAAUAUUUUGUCAACUGUGCUGGUCAGUGGGCAUAUGAGCUAGGUCUGUCCAACGAGGAGCCAGUUAGUAUCCCGUUACACGCCUGUGAGCACUUCUACCUUCUGACUCGCCCCUUGGAGACCCCUCUGCAGAGCACCACACCAACUAUUGUAGAUGCUGAUGGAAGAAUUUAUAUUCGGAACUGGCAGGGUGGCAUCUUGUCUGGGGGUUUUGAGAAGAAUCCGAAACCUAUUUUCACUGAAGGCAAGAACCAGCUGGAAAUUCAGAACCUGCAGGAAGACUGGGAUCACUUUGAGCCCCUGUUGAGUUCCCUCCUGCGUAGGAUGCCAGAAUUGGAGACUCUGGAGAUCAUGAAGUUGGUGAAUUGCCCCGAGACCUUCACACCAGACAUGAGGUGCAUCAUGGGCGAGUCUCCUGUAGUACAGGGCUACUUUGUCCUGGCAGGGAUGAACUCUGCUGGCCUGUCGUUUGGUGGAGGAGCUGGAAAGUACCUUGCUGAAUGGAUGGUAGAUGGCUAUCCCUCAGAAAAUGUCUGGGAAUUGGACUUGAAACGUUUUGGAGCCCUCCAGAGCAGCCGUACCUUUCUGCGCCAUCGGGUAAUGGAAGUCAUGCCUCUGAUGUAUGAUCUGAAGGUUCCCCGUUGGGACUUCCAGACCGGCAGGCAGUUACGUACAUCUCCACUCUAUGACCGGCUGGAUGCACAAGGAGCCAGAUGGAUGGAGAAACAUGGAUUUGAGAGGCCCAAAUACUUUGUUCCACCUGACAAAGACCUCCUUGCAUUAGAGCAGAGCAAGACUUUCUACAAGCCAGAUUGGUUUGACAUUGUGGAAUCUGAAGUCAAGUGUUGUAAGGAAGCUGUGUGUGUCAUCGACAUGUCUUCUUUCACCAAGUUUGAGAUAACAUCCACUGGAGAUCAGGCAUUAGAAAUUCUACAGUUCCUGUUUUCCAAUGACCUGGAUGUACCUGUGGGCCACAUCGUGCAUACUGGCAUGCUUAAUGAGGGUGGAGGGUAUGAAAAUGACUGCAGCAUUGCACGCUUGAACAAGCGCAGUUUCUUCAUGAUCUCUCCAACUGAUCAGCAAGUCCACUGUUGGUCCUGGCUUAAGAAAUACAUGCCAAAAGACAGCAACCUGCUGUUAGAGGAUGUCACCUGGAAAUACACUGCCCUCAAUCUGAUUGGCCCUCGAGCUGUGGAUGUGUUAUCUGAGUUGUCCUACGCACCUAUGACUCCAGACCACUUCCCAACUCUCUUUUGCAAGGAGAUGAGUGUUGGCUAUGCAAAUGGGAUCCGGGUAAUGAGCAUGACUCACACAGGAGAGCCAGGAUUCAUGCUUUAUAUCCCCAUAGAGUAUGCACUUCAUGUGUACAAUGAAGUGAUGAGUGUUGGGCAAAAAUACGGAAUCCGGAAUGCUGGGUACUAUGCUCUUCGAAGUCUCCGAAUUGAGAAGUUUUUUGCCUUCUGGGGCCAGGAUCUAAAUACCCUCACUACACCCCUGGAAUGUGGAGGAGAAUCUCGGGUGAAAUUAGACAAGGACAUGGAUUUCAUUGGUCGGGAUGCCCUUCUGCACCAGAAGCAGAAUGGGGUAUAUAAGCGGCUUACUAUGUUCAUCCUGGAUGACCAUGACACAGACCUGGACCUCUGGCCAUGGUGGGGAGAGCCCAUUUACCGGAAUGGGCAGUAUGUUGGCAAGACCACCAGCAGUGCCUACAGCUACACCCUGGAGCGCCAUGUGUGCCUGGGCUUUGUGCACAAUUUUUCUGAAGACAGUGGGGAAGAGCAAGUAGUGACAGCAGACUUCAUUAACCGGGGAGAGUAUGAAAUUGAUAUAGCAGGAAACCGGUUCCAGGCCAAGGCCAAGCUCUACCCUGUCCCCUCCCUCUUCACCCACAAGCGCCGAAAGGAUGACAUGGAGCGGAGUGACUUGCAUGGGAAAUAAUGACAGGGCAUUCUCUUCCUACCUUAUCCCCACUCCUUACCUGUCCUUUCUGAAGUAACUUUUGCCUCCCUUCGCUUCUUGAUGUAAUUGUGAACCUGGCCUGGUUUUAAACUUCUACUUUCACUUGCUGUUGUCCCUAGUAAUACUAUCUGGGUUCUUCCUGCUCAGAUUCCCAGGGUGGCAAGAAGUGUAUCUGAUAUACAGGACAGAGGCAAGCUCCACUUGCUUGUGGUAUUGUGUUAAGACCGAUUUUAAAUGCACUAUUACAAAGCAAGGCAGGUUGGUAUUACACAGGCCUUAGAGUAAAUUCAUUUCCUUAAACUUCUAGUGACCUGUUAAUUGUGGUGGAACUACUCACUGUGUUUAAGGAAGCCACUGGAACAGCUUGUGCCUUUUAGUUAGGCAGAUCCUUCUGUUCCACUGUACCUUAAGGGCUGGCUCUUGAUGCCUUUAGCAAAGGAUGGUCACCUACCUCACUGAUGAGAGGCACCACAGAGGUGUGUCUGUGGCAGAGGCACGCAGUUAACCUGACAGCGUCCUCAUUCUUAAACAUCUGGGCCAGGGCAACCUGCCUAUAAUUUUCUUCAAGUCUUGCUAAUAUCUGUAAUGAGGUUAUGUUUUGUAGAUGAGGAAACAAUUAGGUCAGCAUUGAGGAAAAAAAGUUGCCUUUUGUGUUGCUUUACCCAGCAGAAAUGGUCUAACCUCAGAAAGUAUGCCACCACCAAUGCCAAGUUUCCGACUAUUAAAACAGUGCUGUGUUCCUUUAAAAUACUCAAAA